UUGGUGGUAGUGCGCGAGGAUGUGUCAUCUCCGUGUGUAAUAAUAAAAAAUAAUUCACUGUCGGCAUUUAAAUCGUUGUUCCGCUGCAGGUUCCGCUUUUUUUAAGUGAAAACCGUACUGAUCAUCGGCACCAGUGUCUUCGCUAGUGUCAUGUUUAGUGGCGUCAUAUUCUUGACUUUGCUCCUCGGCGUCCGCGCCGAGGACGACACCUCCGGCCCCGUGUUCGUCCGCGAGCCGCCCAACCGCAUCGACUUCUCGAACACCACCGGAGCCGUCGUCGAAUGCAGCGCCCAUGGCAACCCCACGCCCGAUAUCAUCUGGGUCAGGUCGGAUGGAACCGCCGUCGGCGACGUCCCCGGAUUACGACAAGUUCUGGCCAACGGAAAUCUCGUGUUCCCACCCUUCAGAGCCGAGGAUUACAGACAGGAGGUCCAUGCCCAGGUUUACGUUUGUCUCGCCAAGAACAGCGUCGGUUCGGUGCAUUCAAGGGAUGUCAACGUACGCGCAGUCGUGAAGCAGUUCUACCAAAGUCGCGUGAUCGACGAGUUCGUUCUCAAAGGAAACACAGGCAUCCUGAAAUGCCUCGUCCCCAGCUUCGUCACAGACUUCGUCCAGGUCGAUGCCUGGGUGGCCGACGACGGCAUCGUCUACGAAUACGACCCGAAUUUACCCCAAGUGCAGGAUAGCAAAUACCUCGUUUUGCCAUCUGGAGAAUUACACAUUCGCGACGUCGGACCGGAAGACGGAUACAAAUCCUACCAAUGCCGCACCAAACAUAGACUUACCGGAGAAACACGACUUAGCGCCACGAAGGGUAGAUUGGUCAUCACGGAACCGACGAACAACGUACCUCCGAAAGCGUCCGGUCGGAAAAUCGAUGGUAGCAUAGUCUUCGACGUACCUCUGACUCAAGAUAUCAUAAUAACUUGUGAAGUUUCUGGUUUUCCUAUCCCCAAAUUCAGGUGGUACAAAUUCGUCGAAGGCACCACUCGCAAGCAAGCUGUAACUCUCAACGACAGGGUCAAACAAGUCGCCGGAACACUCAUCAUUCGUGAAGCACGCGUAGAAGACUCCGGAAAGUACCUAUGUGUUGUAAACAACUCCGUUGGAGGUGAAAGCGUCGAAACUGUUUUAACCGUCACGGCUCCCCUGAAAGCUAAAAUCGAACCCCAAGUCCAGACUAUCGAUUUUGGAAGACCUGCAGUUUUCACUUGCAACUUUGAAGGAAACCCAAUCAAGACAAUCAGCUGGUUGAAAGAUGGCCACCCAAUCGACCACACCGACGCCGUUCUCCGUAUCGAAUCAGUACGCAAGGAAGACAAAGGCAUGUACCAGUGCUUCAUCCGGAACGACCAAGAAAACGCCGAAGCCACCGCCGAACUGAAACUAGGAGGACGUUUCGAGCCCCCACAGAUCCGACACGCUUUCAACGAAGAAACCGUUCAGCCCGGCAAUUCCGUUUUCAUGAAGUGCAUCGCUUCGGGUAAUCCCACUCCUGAAAUUACCUGGGAACUCUACGGACGGCGAUUAACCAACAACGAGAGAAACCAGAUUGGACAAUACGUAACCGUGAACGGAGACGUCGUAUCGCAUCUCAACAUCAGCGCCAUUCACACCAACGACGGAGGACUUUACAGGUGCGUCGCCAGCAGCAAAGUGGGAUCAGCUGAUCACUCCGCCAGGAUUAACGUCUACGGUUUGCCCUUCGUACGUUCUAUGGAAAAACAAGCGAUUGUAGCUGGCGGAACUUUGAUUGUGCAUUGUCCAUUCGCUGGGCAUCCGGUCGAAACUGUUGUCUGGGAGAGAGACGGAAGGUUGUUACCUAUCAACAGGAAGCAGAAGGUUUUCCCUAAUGGUACUCUUAUUAUCGAGAAUGUCGAACGCGCCUCUGACCAAGCUACUUAUGAUUGCGUCGCAAAGAACUCACAAGGAUACAGCGCUAGGAGUUCCUUGGAAGUGCAAGUGAUGGUGGCACCUAUUAUAAGUCCUUUUCAGUUCGAUGGUCCAUUAAAUGCCGGCGACACCGCCGUUCUGACGUGUUACGUUCCCAAAGGCGAUCGUCCCCUUAAAAUCAAAUGGUUUUUUAAUGGCAGACACAUUACACAUCAUACUCGAGGAAUUUCUAUCUCUUCAUUCGGCAGUCAAGCCAGUAUUCUUAAUAUUAAUUCAGUCGAGUCUCACCACAAAGGCGAAUACGCCUGUGUCGUUACAAACGCGGCUGGGAAAUCCAAAUACGUUGCCUUUCUAGAUGUUAAUGUACCACCUCAAAUACAUCAGUUUGACUUUGGAGAAGAAGCAAUUAAUUCUGGUGAUACCGUAAUGGCAACGUGUUUUGUGGCCAAGGGUGAUUUACCUAUUACAAUUCGAUGGAGUAUCAAUGAUAAACCGAUCGAUAAAUUAGACGGUGUUAGUACCAUGAACGCAAAUAAAAGGGCAAGCCAAAUUACUAUAGAAUCUGUACAAAAUUAUCACAUUGGAGAGUACAAGUGUUUAGCGGAAAACAAGGCUGGUGUUGCGGAAUUUUCAACGUUUUUAAAAGUCAACGUGCCACCAAGGUGGAUACUAGAACCCACUGACAAAGCAUUUGCUCAAGGCUCUGAUGCCGCAGUUGAAUGUAAAGCCGAUGGUUUCCCCAAGCCUGUAGUGACAUGGAAAAGGGCAACUGGGGUUUCACCUGGCGAUUACAAAGACUUUAAACCUAACAAUCCCGAUAUUAAAGUCGAAGAUGGCACUCUUACUAUCAAUAACAUUCAAAAGACAAACGAAGGCUAUUACUUAUGCGAGGCUGUUAACGGAAUCGGUUCUGGUUUAUCAGCUGUCAUCCAAAUCAGCGUUCAAGCUCCUCCUCAAUUCGAUAUUAAAUUGCGCAAUCAGACUUCACGUAGAGGCGAUCCUGCUGUAUUACAGUGUGAAGCUAAAGGCGAGAAACCUAUUGGAAUUUUGUGGAACAUCAACAACAAACGCUUGGAACCAAAAGGCGACAACCGAUACACAAUUCGCGAAGAAAUUUUGGCCAACGGUGUACUUUCUGGACUCAGUAUCAAACGCACUGAACGCUCUGACUCUGCUUUGUUUACUUGCGUUGCUACUAACGCUUUCGGCAGCGACGACACUAGUAUCAACAUGAUCGUACAAGAAGUACCUGAAGUUCCUUACGGUUUAAAGGUUUUGGAUAAGUCUGGCCGAUCUGUGCAAUUGUCUUGGGUCGCACCAUACGACGGAAAUUCACCAAUCACCCGAUACAUGAUCCAGUACAAACAAAGCAAAGUUAGCUGGGAAGGUAACACACAACCCGUCCUUGUACCUGGUGACCAGACCGAAGCAGGAGUUUUUACACUGAAACCAGCAACCACCUACCACAUUAGAAUUGUAGCUGAAAACGAAAUUGGUUCAAGCGAGCCAUCCGACACUGUUACUAUCAUCACGGCUGAAGAAGUACCCGGAGGUCCCCCAACUAGCAUUCGUGUGGAAACCGAUGAUCAACACUCUUUGGUUGUUUACUGGAAACCACCCGUCAGAGAGGAAUGGAACGGAGAUAUUUUGGGUUACUACGUCGGUUACAGAUUGGCCAACUCCGAAAAACCGUAUCUUUUUGAAACUGUUGAAUUUAGUCGCGAGGAAGGAAAAGAACACCAUUUGAAAAUUUCUAAUCUGAAGACUUACACUCAGUACUCUGUUGUCGUACAAGCUUUUAAUAAAGUCGGUGCUGGACCAUUGUCUGAUGAUAUCAAAGCUUACACUGCUGAAGGAGUACCAGAACAACCUCCAGAUAAGGCUACUUGCACCACUCUUACCGCUCAAACUAUUCGUGUAUCAUGGGUUUCUCCACCACUCACUGCCGCCAAUGGUGUUAUUAAAGGAUACAAAGUCAUUUACGGACCUUCAGACACUUGGUUUGAUGAAAACACCAAAGACACAAAGAUUACUGCCGCUAGCGAAACUAUUCUUCACGGACUUAAAAAAUACACCAAUUACAGUAUGGAAGUUUUGGCUUACACUUCCGGAGGUGAUGGUGUUCGCACAACUCCCAUUCAUUGUCAAACGGAACAAGAUGUACCCGAGGCUCCAGUUUCCGUCAAAGCUUUAGUCAUGUCAGCAGACGCAAUCCUCGUUAGCUGGAAACCCCCAGUCGAACCAAACGGUAUCGUUGAGUACUACACCGUCUACUACAAACCAGCAGCCGCCGAAGGUACCACAACCGAAGAAAAAACAAGCUCGCAGAAAAUCACACCCAACUUGAGGAACCAGAACCUUAGCUUCCAAGCGAAAAAUCUCGACAGCAGCUUGAAAUACGAAUUCUGGGUCACAGCCGCUACUACAAUCGGUGAAGGUCAACCCUCUAAGAAGGUUACAGUAUCUCCAAACACAAGCGUUCCAGCCAAAAUUGCCUCGUUCGACGAUACCUUUGUCACUACUUACAAGGAAGAUGUUACUUUACCAUGCCUUGCUGUCGGUAUGCCACAACCAAUUAUCACCUGGAAAAUCAAGGGAGUUCCAUUCACCACCAACGACAAAAUUAGACAACAACCAGACGGUUCUCUGUUUAUUCGUGACGUCAGCAGAAAUAACGCUGGAGAAUACUCAUGCCACGUUGAAAACGACUAUGGACAAGAUUCCGUAACGCAUCAAUUGAUCGUGAAUGCUCCCCCACAUGCGCCACAAGUUCAACUGACUUCCACAACCACAAACUCGUUGACUCUUAAAAUGAAACCUCACGAAUCUGAUGUUGAACCAAUCCACGGUUACACGAUUCACUACAAACCAGAAUUUGGUGACUGGGAGACUGUACAAGUGGGACCAACUGUAGAAAAAUACACUCUGGAGAAACUUCUUUGCGGUACUAGGUAUCAAGUAUAUGUAAAAGCGUACAACAGCAUUGGAACCGGCGAUCCUUCCGACACUCUGAACCCUCGAACCCGUGGAGAGAAACCAAUCAUUCCAAGUGCUGAAAAAUUCAUUGAAGUAUCUUCCAAUAGUAUCACUCUUCACCUUAGCGCAUGGUUAGAUGGUGGUUGCCCUAUGCUGUACUUCGUAAUCGAACACAAAAAGAAGACAAGCUCAGAAUGGAUCCAGGUCUCAAAUAAUGUAAAACUAGGCCAGAAUUUCGUUCUUUUGGACUUGGACCCUGCUGUUUGGUAUCAUUUACGUGUCACUGCUCACAAUAAUGCCGGAUUUAACGUUGCCGAAUACGAAUUUGCUACUCUCACCGUCACCGGAGGUACAAUCGCGCCAAUUAGGGAAUCGCCCGGUGUAAAGAUGCUGUUUCCUUGGAUACCCGACUGGGUCGACUUGAAUAUUGCUGUGCCAGUAGCUGCUACAGUAGUUGUUGUCGUUGUCGGCAUUGUCGUGAUUUGCGUGGCUCUGUCGCGCAGGGCUCACGGUCCUUUACAAACUCGGCUCCGAAGCGAUUACGAUGUCGUUUACAACCAAUCCGUCAACGCAUCGUCGACUUUAGAUAAGCGCCGACCUGACUUAAGAGACGAACUCGGCUACAUCGCACCACCAAACCGAAAACUACCACCAGUACCAGGCUCCAACUAUAACACCUGCGACAGGAUCAAGCGAGGUACCGUCUUAAGAGCUCAUUAUCGUUCUCAUUCUACCUGGGAUCCAAGGCGACAUUUGUAUGAAGAGCUUAGAAGUAGAAGGGGUUCGAACGAAACUGUUCAUGCUCAUAGAGGCAUGGACGACGAAAUUUGCCCCUACGCAACCUUCCAUCUUUUGGGCUUCCGCGAAGAAAUGGAUCCAAGCAAAGCGAUGCAAUUCCAGACUUUCCCCCACCCCCACUCCGGGACCAUGGGACCAUCAGGCAUGAACACCCCCCACCAGAUUCACUCACGCUCUGGAUCACAGUCGAUGCCACGGCAAAAUAGGCGAUAUGACCGAGUCGGUUCACAAGGUAACGGUAGCAUUUACUCCCCUGGCCCCGAAUACGACGAUCCAGCAAACUGCGCCCCCGAAGACGAGCAAUACGGUUCUCAAUAUGGCGGCUAUGGUGCGCCCUACGACCAAUAUGGCAGCCGAGGCUCCAUCGGCCGUCGCUCUCUUGGAUCUCUGAGAUUGCAACCCACCAACAGCAGCCCCGAGCCCCCACCACCACCACCACGUAACCACGAUCCAUCUUUCAACGACUCGAAAGACAGUAACGAGAUCUCUGAAGCCGAAUGCGACCGAGACCAGUUGAUCAACAGCCGAACCUACGGCGGUGAGUCUCACUUAAUGAGAGGUAGUUCAAAGGAUGGCAUGUCUCACGAGGAAAUGCGCAAACUGAUUGAAAGAAACGAAACAGGUCAAGCAAACGGCGGACUCACAGCCUACGAUACUGUGGCAGUGUAAUUUGUAAAGAAGACAAGAGACGCUUACCUCCGUUGAUUUAACGAUCAUAUCUCGUAGUUAAAUUGAUUUCUAACGUUAGCAAAUAUUUUACGCAGAGAUCUGAUCAUUAAAUUCCCUCCAACAUCACGGUAUUUGUACAAAAUAUUCACACCAACCUUGGAGACUGAAACUUUCUUUUCGAUUUCCAUGACUUUUUUAGGAAUAGCACAAAAUUGGCUUUUUGGACAUUUUCGUGAAUAUUUAGUGUGGAUACCUCUCCUGAAUGUAUUUUUUUUUACCAAAUAUUUAUUUUAGUUGCUUUAUUAGGGCCGCAAAUGCCGCCAAAACGAAUACGUACACAUUUUGCCAAGGUUUUGAUAUAUAAAAGAUCUGAGUUUUGGUUCGUUCGUUGUACAGUGGCUCAAUGUGUCAUGUGAUAUUUUGAGGUUUGUGAAUACUUUUUUAUUUAAUGAUAUUUGGUCGAUUGAUUUGAAGUCUACAGUGGUGCCAAAAAUUUGAUCGGUUUAGUUAAAUAUUCUGCUGUAGACCUUUUUGUAAUGUAGGUAGAUAGCUUUGUUUAUUAUUUCGCUUCAUUAAGUUGUUUUGUUUCAUGUUUUGGAUAGGUUUAGUGUACAGUUGGCGAUAUGGUUUCGUUAUUUUUAUUGUGCUGUACAAGUGUUGAAGGUUGUGCAUCGCCAGCUUGUAAUUAUAAAAUGCUACAUGUAAGAAAUUAGCUUUCCCCCCCUUUGAAUGCUUUGCUGACAGUCUAUUUCUCAAACCGAAAAUAUACUUAUUUUUCGUACGUUCUCCCAAUGACCAUCGAAUUUAUUAAACAUGGACUGUCAGUAGAUUCAUUCGUUAUUAAUAAUAGCUAAAUUAGGGUCAAAUCUAAUUGUUUUAGACGCUAGUUUUACGAAAAUAUAUCAGUGUUUCUAUCUUAUUGCAUGUUCGUCAAAUAUAUAAAAGUAGAUGUAUAAAAAGAUACAAUCUUGAAAUUAUUUAGGUAACUCAAACUAUACAAAGCUCUACAAACAUAAUUUUAUUCACCUAAUACUCAGCUUCAUUGUAGUGUUAAAAAAUAUCAGUAGCGUAGAUGUUUAUCCAACCUAAUUAUGGCAUUUUAGACAGAGAUUUAAGUUCAUUAGUACUUCUGAAUGUAUUUUACCAAACUGGUAUUUUGAAUGAACUCUUUUUUUCAACUGUUCAAGUUCCUAACGUAGUAAUCAAUCUUGGUAAAAUAUACACAGAUAAUAACAGCAAUGUAAAUUAUUUGUCGUUAAUAUUAAACUAGUCAAUAAUUUUUCUUCUCUUGUACCGACUCUUGUGAAAUCUUUUGUAAAAUGACAAGGUUUUCUUUCUUUCUUUCGUUGUGAUAAUGGUUUGAAAUGCCAUUAUAAGUGUAUAUCUUAAGUGUGCUAUAUAUCCAAUUAUAGUCAUAGUGUAAUACUCUUUAAUACUUAUAAUAAUCAUUUGUAAUUUCUGCAAUAUUUUAUAAUGAUAUUUUACUAACUGUGUGUUUUGUAUAAAUUGGUUUUCGCGAUUUGCAUUUUACGUAAUUUGGUGAAUCUUAUGUAUGUAAUUUAUU